CGGCGCCAUACGGUACCGAACCAGACUUCACUCUCUGUUUGCGGGUUUUUUUUGGCUCUUUUGCUCUUGGGCUGGUGGCCCUUGUGGUGAAUGGGGGUGAAUGUUGUUGAAAGUCCAGCCAAAAUUAAGUCAGUCAAAUCAAUCACUCUGUUUCUCCGCAUCCAUCAUCCUUCCGUCGUCACUUUCGAACUUGUUGUUAUUCCCUCCCUCGUGCAUUCUUCCUUUCUUUCUUUCUUACUUGCCUGCCUGCCUGCUUGUUUUUCUGCCUGCCUGUCUGCCUGCCUUCCUUUUCCUUUUUCCCUCAAUUGUCCCCUCCUCUUCCUACUCCUUCUCCUGAUCUCAUCAUCGCCUCUCCUCUCCUCUCCUCCUCUCGUCCCACAUUCCCUAGAACUCGCUCUGUCUGUCCCUCUCUCUGUCUCUCUCUCUCUCCCCUUGCGAUCCUCCCCACCCUGUUUUUAGUCCUCCUCGUUUGUCCUUCCUUUCGCUUUCCCUCGCCCCUCUCCCUUCCUCUCUGACCUCUCCCUCUUCCCUCCCCCCCACCCCUCUCUUGGGGAGCCUUUGGUACAUACUGUACUUACAUGAGUGGACCUUUGACUAUCAUCAAUCUUUUGAUGUCAGUUUUGGCUGCCGUUAACCCUUUCAGCACUCGCUCCGUCAGCUAGAAACGCCUG